AUGACGGACGCGAGCCUACACAACGUUCCUAUUGUCAUAGAUAAUGGCAGCGGCACGAUACGAGCCGGAUUCGCUGGCGAAGAAAUCCCAUCAUGUUAUUUUCCGUCAUUCGUCGGCCGACCCAAACACCCGCGAGUUAUGGCAGGUGGUCUAGAGGGUGAUGUUUUCAUUGGGCAAAAGGCACAGGACUUGAGAGGGCUUCUCAAGAUUCGGUACCCCUUAGAACACGGCAUUGUUACGGACUGGGAUGACAUGGAGAAAAUAUGGCACCACGUGUAUGAGAGCGAACUGAAGACACUGCCCGAAGAGCAUCCGGUGCUCUUGACUGAGCCGCCGUUGAAUCCCAGGAAAAACAGAGAUAUUGCGGCCCAGAUAAUGUUUGAAACGUUUAAUAUUCCAGCUCUUUACACCUCGAUUCAAGCGGUACUUUCGCUCUAUGCUUCUGGUCGAACGACCGGUGUGGUGUUGGACUCGGGCGAUGGCGUGUCACAUGCGGUACCCGUGUAUGAAGGAUUUGCGGUACCAAACAGUAUUCGAAGAAUAGAUGUUGCUGGACGAGAUGUGACGGAACAAAUGCAAUUGUUGUUGCGAAAGAAUGGCUAUGUUCUGCAUACGAGCGCUGAGAAGGAGGUGGUGCGCAUGAUCAAAGAAAAGGUUUGCUAUGUGUCAUUGGAUCCGAAGAAGGAAGAGAAGGAAUGGAUCAAUAGCUAUCACAAGUCUGAGUCCAAAACUGUUGAAUACGUUCUUCCGGACGGACACAAGAUGAAGAUUGGCCAAGAACGUUAUCGUGCUCCUGAGAUUUUGUUCGACCCCGAGAUUAUCGGCAUGGAGUAUCCGGGAGUUCACCAAAUUGUGCAGGAUGCAAUUACUCGCACCGAUCUCGACCUCCGAAAAGCUCUCUAUCUCAACAUCGUUCUGUCAGGAGGCACGACGUUAUGCAAGAAUUUCCCCGAUCGGUUAAUGCGAGAGAUCAAGAGACUGGCCGUUGAAGAUAUGAAGAUUCGUAUUUCUGCGCCUGCGGAGCGUAAAUACACUACAUGGAUUGGAGGAGGUAUUUUGGCAGGCUUGAGUACAUUUAGAAAGAUGUGGGUAAGCGCCGAUGAAUGGCACGAAGACCCGGAGAUCAUACACCGCAAGUUCGCAUAGUCAAUUGAGCGAUGAGAUUGAUCAGAGACUCUGAACCAUCGUUCAACGAGGUAGACGGUGAUAGCGGAAUAUAUUCACAAAUUUUUAUUGAGGAGGGGCGCUGCUAGGGCUCCUUGUGAUACCCCAUUGUUCUUUUUUUUUUCUUGCAUUUGGUGUGUAAGGUUCGAUAUUUUAUACGGGAG